GCAGCUUUAUGACGUCGUUAGUUUUGCUUCUGGUGGCGGGACGCGGACUGGGUCUCUUGUUAGUUUUAGUCUUUAAAAAGUCAUUAUUUAGCUCAUUUUAGUUUAAAUUUCUCAGCUUAAAGGGCUAUUCCUUGUCACCAAAAAUCGUGAAUUCUCUGCUAACAGACAACGUGAGCUAGGAAACUACGAAGCUUGGCUUUACUGCUAAAAAGUUUAUACGUUUAGAUGGACAUCUCAUUAAUCAAAGACAACCCUUUGUUUUUACCUCUCAACAAGGAGAAAACAGACUUUGACGGCUUUAUCACUGUCCAGGGAAGAGACUUCAGAAUGAGAAUAUCACUACCACCAGAUAAAACACUGAAGCGGGCAAAGCUUCACUGCUGCUGGCAGUUAAAACACCUGUUGCGUGGGUAUGAGCACAUAAUCAAGCAGAGGCUGCAGCAGUCGGCCAGUCUUUCCAGUUUUAUUCUGGAGCUGAAGACGAUCUUGGAAGUGCGACUGAAGAGCCUCCCGGAGUGCUGCUCCAUUCUGCCUCCUCAAUAUUACACUCAGCUCAUCUCAGAGAUGGAGACGCUUGGCUGGGACAAGAUGCUCUUCAUAGACAUGGAGUUCCAGACGCUGAAACUAAAGGCAGAAGAUUCCUCUGGAAGGCAGCACGUUCUCACUAUUAAACUAAAGUCUAAGCAUCCUUUAGAGGCUCCCGAAUGCUCUGCUGAUCUUCCAGUUCCUCUGGCCGUCACCUGGACACCACAGAUUACUCUAGAGCAGCUCCACAGCCAGUUCCUGCUGGUUCUCGAGUCCCUGACAGACUUCUGGGAUGUCCUGGAUGAGAUUGAUACCAAAACCUGGAUUCUGGAGCCUGAAAAACCCAGUCGAUCUGACACAAUGAGGCGGAUCGCCAUCGGAAACAACGUCUCCAUCAAGGUGGAGGUGGAUCCCAAACACCCAAAGAUGCUGCCAGAGUGCUGCCUGCUGGGAGCAGAGCACGUGGUGACGCCACUGAGGAACAAGCUGAACACCAACAUGCACAUGUGGAACCCGGACUCCAGCGUCUUGCACAACCUCCGGGAGGUUUUGGAGAUUGAAUUCCCGUCACCUGCCACCCACGAAAAAUCUAGUUUCAACAUUGAAUGUGGCAUCUGUUACUCCUACCGUCUGGACACCUCCAUCCCUGAUCAGGUGUGUAAUGACCCCCGCUGUGGCCAGCCCUUCCAUCAGGCCUGUCUGUAUGAGUGGCUGCGAGCCCUCCCCUCCAGCAGGCAGAGCUUCAGCAUUGUUUUUGGAGAGUGUCCAUACUGCAGCAAGCCUAUCACAGUAAAAAUGGCAGCGCAGAAGUCCUGAGGAGAUGCCUGUUUCUACAUCAUCUACAGCCUACCGUUUCUAUUUGAAAGCAAACAGGCAUACUUUAAAACAGCAGUCAGUAAGAUGAGGACGCCCAAACAAACCAGCCGGGACAUCCAUGUGUUUCCCUGUGUGGGAGCAGCUUCUGGUCUUGGAUCUGAGCAGUCUCCAUGUACGCAACAGACCCGGCUGCUCCACGCCGGCUUAUGACGGCCGUAACCGGCUCUGUGAUGGAGCAGACUUCCAUCCCAUCUUUCCUUGUACUCGGUGUGUGUUGGCUUCUUACUGCCACCUUCUGUCCACAUGUGUGUGAGUCCACAGUCCCGUCUCUCAGAGGUCAGAUCGUCUGAUUCCCUUAUGGUCCUUUUGGAUUUAGCUCUCUGUUGAAGAAUGUAAUUCAGGUGUACGCUCUUUUACAACUUUAUUAAAAGAUUUUGGUUCCUA